UUUAAAGUUUAAACAAAGCCAUGUUAAAAGCAAACACAUUGACUCGACAUACAAUAUAUCAUACUGUCCUGCAUGUUAAUAUUAAUGAAUGUUUGUUGAUACAUCUUGUUCACCAGAUGCUCCAAAGCUUCCUUCUGUGUCAGUGAGUCCCUCUGGUGAGAUAGUGGAGGGCAGUUCAGUGACCCUGACCUGUAGCAGUGAUGCUAACCCAGCAGCUAAUUACACCUGGUACAAAGAGAAUGAAGCCUCACCAAAAGCAUCAGGACAGAUCUUCACCAUCACUGAUGUCAGAUCUGAACACAGUGGGAAUUAUUACUGUGAAGUCCAGAACAUCAGAGGACGUCAAAGCAUCACCAUACAUCUGACUGUGGCAGGAGCAUGGAAGUUAAUAGCUGUUGGAACAAUCGCUGCUGUUUUACUUGUCCUACUCAUCUUGGUUGCACUAUGCAUUAGAGCCUCUAAGCAACCGUCUAAACCUGCAGAGACAUUGGGCAACAGUGCACAGUGUCUACAGACACAAUCAGCCGAGCAGCAGGAUGCCCUUCUCUGUACCACUGUUGAUUUGUCCAAGGAACAGGCAGAUACUCUCUGCUCCAAUAUCAGCCCAGCUCAGCCCCGAAGACACAAGGAGGAAGAAGAGGCAUUGAGUGUGUGAAAAUGAACAGUGGCAAUGCAGCCCCAAGAAACAGAAGCCAGGAAACUGCUGCGUUGUAUAUCGCAAUCAACAAAACCCCCAAAUAACAUGGAGAAUUUUUUCUUUAUUUGUAUUUAAUCAGUUGUGGUUUCUCAGAACAGACCUGUCCAGGAAUAGAGAUAUACUGUAUGUGGACAAUAGAUCUCUAAUGUAAAUACACACAUUUCAAUAGAACAUGCAACAGUAUUCAGAGUUUGUUUUUUUCACCAAAGGUCAGCCAUGUGUAAAGUACUCAUGACUUAGUGCAUAUGUGUAAUAUGUUUUUACCUGAUGAAUCUUAGUCACUUGGUGCCAUAACAGGAGCCCUAAUAUCAUUUGUUGGUGCAGUGGAACAUCAACAACUGCAUUUGCUGGACUGCACAAUCAAGCCACAGCAACCACUACCUGGAAUUGAAGCCAGAGUGUCUGCAGAUGAAUAGUUUCCUCCCUCUCAGUCUGAUCCCUUUUGUAAUUCAUGCAAAUCAAGCAGACAUUUUCUAUAUAAUCUCUAGAAAUGCAAUGAUUAUUAGAUGAAUUUAUUUGUUGAUUGACAGAAAAUUAAUCUGCAACUAUUUUGAUAAUUGAAUAAUCAUUUCAGAUAAGCAAGUAAGUAAACUUGCCCAAACAUUACUGGUUUCAGCUUCUCAAAUGUGACAAUUUAAUGCUUUUCUUUGUCAUAACAAAGAAAAUCACCCAGAUUUAAGGAGCCCUAAAUCUGUUGACGCUUUCAAAUGAAAUCUUAAGACACAUCUUUUUACCAUUGCUUUCUCCUGAAGUGUUUUUACCUCACAGUUGUUUUAUCUUGUCUUAUCCUGUCAUUUAAAUUUAAUUUUAUCUUGUUUUUUUAUUCACCUUGUUUUAUCGUAAAUGCUAUGAUUAUCUGAUUUUAUGUAC